CAUGCCCGCUAAGAACUUAGCGAUUGUGUGGGCUCCCAACCUCUUCAGAUCCCAGCAGAACGAGUCUGCCUGCGCCAGCGGACGAGCUGUUUGCAUGGAACUGCAGAGGCAGUCGGAUGUGGUAGAGUUCAUCGUCAACCACACAGACGUCCUCUUCUGCUCCAGAUCCACAUCGGGCAUCGGAGAUGGAGCAGGGCACAGUUCUCCAUCAGGGCCCAAGUCUGUGGAGGUGUCUUCUCCCGCCACCAGGCUACUCACCGUGGAGGAGGCACAGGCACAGAGGCGAGGCCACAGCAACUCUCCCACACUGACGCACAGCAGGGACAUCGAAGUGGAAGAAGGCCCCGCAGCUGCAGGGGGUAAAUUCCACACAGUCAUCGACUUUCCGUCUGAAAGACCAAGCAAGAUGAAGGAAUCAGCAGCUGCCAGUUGGUGUUCCUGCUUCAGGCAGAGAAAACCAUCCUCUGCGGCCAAGCGCCAACUGCAGCACAAUGCCAGGGAGCCCUCAGAAACAGAGAUCGUGGUCCUGGCAGGUGAAUUGAGCCUUUGUCCACCCAGAAGAGCCGCAGCAAAUAGCGGUGAUGAUCUGUGUGCUUCCAUCAGCGGUGAGCUUCUAGGAAGCACGAACUGCUGCAGUUCCAGUGACAGCCUUCCAUGCGAUAUCAGUGAUGGACAGAAGGAGCUCAUUCAAGUUGUAGCCCUCAUUUCUCCCGGCUGUGUAGAAGACGCUGACCUGAGCCUGCCCGACACAGCAGUUACCGACCUGGACUGUGACGGGGCGUCACCGCAGUGCAGCCCCACCCAAGCACAGCCCGUGUGCCCCGACAGCAGUACCUCCAUGCAGGAUCACAUCAGCGUCAGCAAGGAGGAGCCAAGCCUUGUGGAGGGGGACGUAGAAUCGGAGCUCCAGUCCCAGGCACCAGGCAGCAGCACGAGCUCUGAGCCCCUCUCUCCUGAACAAGAGAGGAUGAGUGCCGUGUGUCCACCGGACCUCUCACGCCCUCCUGGCUUUUACUGAAUAAAAGCACGCUGGUGCUGGAUCAAC